CUAAUUGAAAACGACGCGAACAACGCAACGCGGCGUAGUUCAAAAUUUGACAAACAAUACAAAUAAACGAGGCGUGCGCGAUAGCACACAUUUUUUUUGGGGAUUGUAUAACGAAAGAAUCGAAACAAAACAAACAAUUUCAGCAAAAUGGUUGUUAACUUCAAAGUGUUUAAAAAAUGUGCGCCGAACAACAUGAUCACGCUCUAUAUGAAUAGGCGUGAGUUUGUGGAUUCGGUGACACAGGUGGAACCAAUCGAUGGCAUCAUUGUGCUGGACGAUGAGUACGUGCGACAGAAUCGCAAGAUCUUCGUGCAGCUCGUCUGCAACUUUCGGUACGGACGCGAGGAUGAUGAAAUGAUUGGAUUGCGUUUCCAGAAGGAGCUGACGCUCGUCUCGCAGCAGGUGUACCCGCAACAGAAGCAGGACAUCCAGCUGACCAAGAUGCAGGAGCGUCUGCUCAAGAAGCUCGGCUCCAAUGCCAUCCCCUUUGUCAUGCAAAUGCCCACCAGCUCACCCGCCUCGGUGGUGCUGCAGCAGAAGGCCAGCGACGAGAGCCAGCCCUGUGGUGUGCAGUACUUCGUGAAGGUCUUUACGGGCGACAACGAUUGCGAUCGCUCGCAUCGUCGCAGCACCAUCAAUCUGGGCAUACGCAAGGUGCAGUAUGCACCCACCAAGCAGGGCUUGCAGCCGUGCACAGUGGUGCGCAAGGACUUCCUGCUGUCGCCCGGAGAGCUGGAGCUGGAGGUGACCCUGGACAAGCAGCUCUACCAUCAUGGCGAGAAGAUAUCGGUGAACAUUUGCGUGCGCAAUAACUCGAACAAGGUUGUGAAGAAGAUCAAGGCCAUGGUGCAGCAGGGCGUCGAUGUGGUACUCUUCCAGAAUGGACAGUUCCGCAACACGAUUGCCUUCAUGGAGACCAGCGAGGGUUGCCCACUGAAUCCGGGCUCCAGCCUGCAGAAGGUCAUGUAUCUGGUGCCCACGCUGGUGGCCAACUGCGAUCGCGCUGGCAUUGCCGUCGAGGGCGACAUCAAACGCAAGGACACCGCACUGGCCUCCACCACACUCAUUGCCAGUCAGGAUGCUCGCGAUGCCUUCGGCAUCAUUGUUUCCUAUGCGGUCAAGGUGAAGCUCUUCCUGGGCGCUCUGGGCGGCGAGCUAUGCGCCGAGCUGCCCUUCAUACUCAUGCAUCCCAAGCCCAGCCGCAAGGCUCAGUUGGAAGCUGAAGGCUCCGUUGAGGCCUAAGCCAAAAAAAAAAUGCAGCUACCUCCACCAAAAACGAAUACAAAGUGCAUAUAUUUAUUUAGAAAGAAUAAAACUUAAUCAAACUGUUA